AUGGCCGACCACGACCCACGGAGCAUGUCGAUUGUUCCUUAUAGCGGCGGAGGGGAUGUCGUACUCCGCCAUGACGAUGCGAUUGUCGUGUUUGACCCAAAUUCACAGCAGCUCGUCCUCAAGCCCGCGAACCAAGGCGUCGAGAACAUCGGAGAGCGAACCGACUGCCCUUAUUGUCAUCGUCCGCUGCGUGAUGGUAGCCCUGAGCACUCGCAGAAGCCGCAUCGAGGGCCCACGCCCGCCACUGCAGCGCCGUCGAGGUUCGUGAACCCGGAAUACUUUCGACUCCUUGAGAAUACUAUCCCCCCUUCGGCUGCAGACCAGACACCUUCUUCUCCUUCCUCUCCACGACGUCAGUUAGUACCACCUGGCCGCGAAGAAGGGACGCCAGCUUCGGCCAGCGAGCAUGGCAGUGGUGGGUAUGGUGAAUCGCCUUCUACCACCCACGGGAUCUCCUCGACUGCUUUCAGCCAUGAUUAUUUCAAGAGAUUCUUCGUCGAAGAGCGUGAACUCGGAAGAGGUGGGAAGGGCGUUGUGCUGCUGGUAAAGCAUAUACUGGAUGGCGUGUCUCUGGGCCACUAUGCCUGCAAGCGCGUCCCCGUUGGUGAUGACCACGAAUGGCUGAAGAAAGUGUUGAUUGAAGUCCAACUGCUACAGCAUCUCUCGCAUCAGAAUCUAGUUUCAUACAGACAUGUGUGGCUAGAAAACGCCAGGCUCAGUAAUUUUGGGCCAAGUGUACCGUGUGCAUUCAUUCUACAGCAGUAUUGCAACGCAGGAGACCUGCAAAAAUAUAUCUGCGGCUCAAUUCAGACGGCAACAGAUACACCACAGCAGCUCAAGGCUCGACUACGGCGCAGAUCUCGAGGCCAGCCAGAGCUACCUAGCGCUGCCAGUGGGCCAAGACGCCUCCAGUUGGAGGAAAUAUAUUCGUUCUUCAAAGAUAUCACCUCGGGUCUCCGUUACUUACACGUCAAUGGCUAUAUUCAUCGUGACCUAAAGCCAAGUAACUGCCUCCUGCAUGAAACCGGCCGUGAGCUACGAGUAUUGGUCAGUGAUUUCGGUGAAGUCCAGUUCGAAAACACCGUCCGCAACUCCACCGGUACUACAGGCACCAUCUCCUUCUGCGCGCCCGAAGUGCUUCGAAGAGUAUCACCCGGCGGUCCGUUUGGCAACUUCAGCUUCAAGUCAGACGUCUUCUCUCUUGGGAUGAUUCUGUAUUUCCUUUGCUUUGGCCAGCUUCCCUAUCGUAAUGCAGAUGUGGUUGAUGAGGACAAAGAAGAUCUUGAUCUUCUUCGUGCUGAAAUUAGUCGAUGGGCAGGGUUCGAUGCCGCAAGGCGGAUGAGGCCUGACCUUCCUGACAUGCUCUACUCUUUCUUAACUCGUCUCCUGGAUGUGAACCCUGAUAUGAGACCGACGGCGGAAGAUGUCUUGAGCGGUAUCCAAACCGGUGGUUCCAGUGGCCGUUUUCAUAGGACAUCUCCUUCCCCUACUGACUUACAACCUACCGCCCGAGUACUUCCUGUAGAUAGCCCGGCUACAGGAUCACCGUCACGGCGGUCUCAUAGUCCCGUGAAGAGAGCACCCCCAGCAUUAGACCUUCCUUCCGCAAUAGGCCGAUCUGAUGCACUUGUGGCCGGAAACUCAAACCAACCCAUAUCCAAUGAAUCAGAAGGUUCUGUUGGAGACCAGAGUGGCGACCAUGCCGAUAGAGAGUCUACCAAUCUUCUUGUCCGAUCUACUGCCACAUCUCCUCGCAUUGUGCGUGAAUACCCUGAAGGCCGUAACCGGAGAUUAUACAACAUUAGCAAUCGUCUUCUCCUCCCUCCUCCAAACAGAUUUCCUAUCCUUGGCCACAUUUUACGAAGCCGGCCUGUCAUACCAAUUCUAAUGAAUUUUACCCUCCUCACUAUCAAAAUAGUCUCACUUACCCAGCUGUGCGCUCCGCUCACGGUCAAGACGUGGAUAGUAUAUCCACUGCUUUUUCUCGCAGUUCUAGACUUGAGUGUACCAAAAAGAUGGCUUCAUGUAGCUGCUUUUUUGAUUCAUGCUUUAGUUCUUGCCCUUGCACUUAAGACAGGUUCUCUCUGUGCACAAGGGUUCUACAAUCUACACUCCCUGAGGUAG